UUGCAGAUAACCUGAGCACCACCAGUGCCAAAAGCAUGAUCACUGCUAUUAUUGUGAUCUUGGUCCUCAGUUUACUGAGUUCCCUCCUGAGCUCUGGAUUUACCUGCACUAACACUGUCAGUAAUCCCUACCAGACAUUUCUGGGACCCAUUGGAGUCUAUACCUGGAAUUCCUUAUGUGGAAUCUUCACACUUAUAGCCAUGAUACUUUUCCCUGUGAGCAUAGAAGAAAACAGCCUGUCUGUUGAAUUGGCCCAAGGAUGCUUUUCUUUUCUGCAGACACAUACAAGAUCUGAACACACAUAUGGAUAUUCAUACUGGAUCAUGCUGCUCAUCAUCUUUCUGAACAUUGCUUCUAUCGUCAUCAUAUACUUCUAUGACCACGCAAGGUAUUCUAAGAAGAAAGAACAGGAAAGACCCAUUGAAAAUGCACCAAAAGAUGUCAUUCUGUUUUAG